AUGCGUGACGUCGAAGCGGCCCUACCUGUUGGCCCCGAUACCAUCUCCACGGCUGGUUCCCUAACCAAGGAUCUCACCGCUACUGCCAUGGGCAUUCUCAUUGACGAUGGCAAGGCUACAUGGGACACACUUGUCAAAGAUGUCCUGCCAGCUUUUCAGUCCAGAGACGAGACGCUGCAAAACUCUGCCACGCUAACCGAUAGAAUUCCCACUAUCGCCAAACGAGGCAGCCUCCCCGGUGCCUUGACUUUGGUCAUGCUUCUCUCGGACAAGGAUGCCGCAAUUGUGGUAAUCACGAAUUCCCUCGCCCUCGACGAUGUCGCAGACCGGAUCAGCCUGCUCAUACUUGAGGAACUUCUCGCAGUGUCGUCAGGCAACCGAACCGACAUCAUCAAAGCGGCAGAAUCUUGCAUCCCUGAGAAUCUCAGGUGGUACCCUGACUUGAUCAAGGAACUUGCAGACCUGCGAAAGAAUGAUACCUCUGCAAGACAUCUUGAUGAGUACGUGGGCACAUACUGA